AUGGACUUCUCAAACCAGCAGCAGCAGCAAGAUGCCCCCGGCUCCCUGAGCUGGCGGCUGAGCUCACACCCCAUCACUCUCUUAACUUUUCUUACGUUUCGGAUAUCAAGCGUUCUGGUAUACUUCCUUGGUCUGUGGAUCAUCAAGAGCAUCCCUGACCGCAGGAUCAUGAUCUUCAUCAUCACCAUUCUCCUCCUUGCCGCCGACUUUUACUACCUCAAGAACAUUGCUGGCCGUCGGCUCGUGGGACUGCGUUGGUGGAACGAGGUAGACCCCCAGACCGGUGACUCGCAGUGGGUGUUUGAGAGCAGUGAACCCGGCACCAAGACUAUCAACCCGACAGACAGCCGCUUUUUCUGGCUCGCGCUCUACGUUCAACCCAUUCUCUGGGUUCUACUCGCCAUAUUCGCGCUCGUGAGGUUGCAGUUCUUGUGGCUGCCGCUCGUUGUUAUCGCGCUCGUGUUGACCAUUAUGAACGCCAUGGCCUUCUCGAGAUGCGACAAAUUUAGUCACGCGUCCAACAUGGCCGGGAGCGCCCUCUACUCUGGCGGCCUGGCAGGAACCAUCGCAACUAACAUGGUCGGCCGUUUUUUCAACCGUGGCUAA